UUUUUUUUUCCAGGCCGUUGUCAGCACUCCGAAUCGCCCACAAUUGACCCCUCUGGCAGCACCGUGUCUCCGUAGGCGACGACCCCAAAAUGGACAACAUGCAACAGCAGUAUCACCUUCUCCACAACUCCCGGCAGUCUGUGUCGUUGGACUUCAACCAGUUGCAAAACCAGGACCAGGAGCAGAACCAGAACCAGAACCAGCAGCAGCCACAAUUGCAGUUGCAGACCGAGCAGCAGCACGGGCAGACCUCAACUCCGGGCCAGCUGCACUACCAACAGGCGUACCCAAACCAGCACGACCAAGCAUCUCAUGCAGCAACACAGUACAGUCCUGCUGGCGAUGCCCACGCCCAUGCUGCACAGCUAACGCAGGCGCAAGUGCAAGCACAUGUGCACGCAGCGCAGAUGGCCCAGGCGCAAGCGCAAGCACAGGCUCAGGCGCAAGCACAGGCACAAGCACAGGCGCAAUACCACCAACAAUACGCCCAGGCACCACAGGUGGAUGAACACGGCGUUCCUGUGUACUCGUCUCGCAUCGAGCUGACUCCGGAGGAGCAGGGCCAGUUGGAAUACUUGCAGCGCAUGCCGUCCUACCAGGCCAUCAUCCAGCCGAACUACCAGGCGCUCCACAAGAAGUUCGUUGGGCAGAGCCUCCUUCCCCGCAGACAGACCACCUCAAAGGGAAAGUACUCGUUGAAGGACUUCCAGAUCAUGCGGACCUUGGGCACAGGCUCCUUUGGUCGGGUCCACUUGGUCAGGUCCGUACACAACCACCGGUACUACGCGAUCAAGGUGUUGAAGAAGUACCAGGUGAUCAAGAUGAAACAGGUCGAGCACACGAAUGACGAGAGAAGAAUGCUCAAGUUGGUCGAACACCCCUUUUUGAUCAGAAUGUGGGGGACUUUCCAGGACAGCAAAAACCUGUUUAUGGUGAUGGACUACAUCGAGGGAGGAGAACUCUUCUCUUUAUUGCGGAAGUCGCAGCGCUUCCCUAACCCGGUAGCCAAGUUUUAUGCCGCAGAGGUCAUCCUUGCCUUGGAGUAUCUACACUCCCACAACAUCAUUUACAGAGACUUGAAACCAGAAAACAUCCUUUUAGACCGUAACGGCCACAUCAAGUUGACCGACUUCGGUUUCGCCAAAGAAGUCCAGACCGUCACUUGGACUCUUUGUGGUACGCCCGAUUACAUUGCUCCCGAGGUCAUCACAACAAAGCCUUACAACAAGAGUGUUGACUGGUGGUCUUUGGGUAUCUUGAUUUUUGAAAUGUUGGCUGGAUAUACCCCUUUCUAUGACCAGACCCCAAUGAAAACUUACGAAAAGAUCCUGGCAUGCAAGGUUCACUAUCCUUCACAUUUCCACCACGAGGCAGUGGACUUGUUGUCCAAGUUGAUUACUUCAGAUUUGACAAGAAGAUUGGGUAAUUUGCAAAACGGUCCUUGCGACAUCCGGGAUCACCCUUGGUUCAGCGAAGUUGUGUGGGAAAAGUUAUUAUUGAAAGACAUCGAGACGCCUUACGAGCCACCAAUUACAGCGGGCGUUGGUGACACAAGUUUAUUCGACCACUAUCCUGAAGAACAGCUAGAUUAUGGUAUUUCUUGCGAAGACCCAUAUGCAAAGUAUUUUACCGAAUUCUAAUUGCCUUUCUUCUGCAUCAUGAACCCCACGACAUCAAACAAACAUUACCAGACACUAAAUAUGAAUCAAAACACAAACUCGUAGGGCUAUAAUUUUACUACCAUGGCUUUUUCUAUAUAAUACUUCUGCCCCCUUUUUUUUCAAUCUCUAGGUUUUCUACUCUUUUUCACUACUUGUACCUCUUCAGCUUUACCUACCCUUCAACUACAGAUAUCUGUUUCAGCAUAAAACCUCAUUCUCUCAUUUUUUCUUCACCUUUCCCCCCAGUGA